UUACUAGAGAAUUAUAAUUAUUACCCCAGCAUAUCUGUUUAUAACUGCCCCAUGUAAUAUGAGGGGAUAGCCUAAUAUUGGCUUUCAGUUUUAAAAAAAACAUACAGCAGGCCAAAAACCCUUGAAAUGUACAGUUUUAGUUUUUUGUCCCCAUGUUGGGGAAUAAGACAUUUCAAAGUCUAGGUUUAAAAUAAAAUAUGUCACCAAUUACUGUUCCAAAAAGAUAAAACAAAGAUUCGGAUCUUUUACCUAAUGGUGGCACAUAAACAUGCACAUAUUCCCAUAGGAACACAGACAUUUUAAAAGCACAGGGCUUGUGCAAUAUGUUUUCGUCUUACAGGAAUGAUAUACAUAUGAGGAGGAAGCUGAAGUCUCUACCUAUCCAUUGAUGUACAGUAAAUAUAACCCCUGUCUGAAUCCCAGUUUGUCCACGAGAUAGCAGUAGGAGAUCACAUGACGUCUCUUGGCCACUUGAAACCAGUUGCAUCUGGUUUGGUUAGUGAGUCACUGUGCCAAAAUGGCUAAAUUGAUUUUCAAACCUGACAUCUUAAAACGACCUUAGCAAUCAGGGCUUUCAAGUUAUGGAGUAGAACAAAUUAAAAUAAGACACAGACAGGUGAGGAAACUUCAAACUUAUUUUCCCAUUCACUUUUCCUAUUGUAAACGAUGAGCUAGAUCAACGGCACAUGUGGAGGACGCAUCCAAGGUAAUGUGGAUGGAGCAGUAAGAUUUGAGUUGUGACAUGCUAUAUCACAUUACGCGUUAGCUUGAUGUAUUUAGCUAGUACAGUAUCACUCUCCUUUCAUCUGUGGUAUCAUAUCUAGCCUGGCUCGCUAGCAUUAUAAAAUAAUGUUGUAUAACCAAAAGUAGCUACCAAACUCGCCAGACCCGGUAGCUUGUCCAAAACAACCACUGAGAGUUUAACAUGUUUUAAUUCAUUGGCACAAUAGUCUGCCAAAUCUUGUUUUGAAACAGGUUCAGAUCCCACGUUCAGAUCCCACGUGACACUACAGACAGGACCAUGCUACCUUUUUACAUGAAUCUAAAUUUCUGUCUGAUCAUAGGUUGUCUGUGUGAAGUCAUUGUUACCAUGGCAUGGAGUUCCAAUAGCACCAAACUGGACAACACCACCUUGUCCCUGUUCCAGAACGUCACAGCUAGCACAGCCAUCUCCAUUGUCUACAUUGUGGUCACCAUCAUCAACCUGAUAGGAAACAGCCUCUCCAUGUGGCUCCUCCUCUUCCAUACCUCUCCCAAAACUCCCUCCAUCAUCUUCAUGAUCAACCUGACCGUGACUGACCUGACCUUGGGCCUCGUCCUGCCCUUCCAGAUCAUGUAUCAGAUGCAGGGAUAUAACUGGAGCCUGGGCCCGGGCAUGUGCAGGCUCUUGACCCUGGUGUUCUUUGCCAACAUGUACUGCUCAAUUCUAACUAUGACCGCCAUCAGUGGAGACCGCUACCUGGGCAUCUGCCGGCCCAUGCUCUUCUGUGAGACCAGGGAAAGGAAGUCAUUCGCUGUGAUUGUCUGCUUUGCCAUGUGGACAGUCGUCCUAUUGGUCCUGUACCCACUCUCUAUAACUGACCUGACAUUCCACGUUCCAGAACUCAGGAUUACCACCUGCUUCGACGUUCUGAAGAGGGACAUGCUUCCAUCCAUGGUGGCCUGGGCUGCCUUCCUCCUUGCCCUGUUUGUCAUCCUCUUCCUUAUCCCGUUCUGCAUCACUGUUUUCUGCUACGUCAGCAUCAUCCGUAAACUGGCCCGAGACUCCAAGACCAAACAGAAGGAGAAGGCUAUAGGUCUCGCCGUCACCGUCCUAACGGUCUUCACGCUCUGCUUCACUCCCAACAACAUCCUCCUUCUGGCUCACACCAUCCGGAGGCUCUUCUAUGGGGAGUCCUUCUAUAUGGCCUACAAGCUGACUCUCUCCCUCAGUUGCUUCAACAGCUGCCUGGACCCCUUCAUCUACUAUUUUGCCUCUAGGGAGUUCCGUAAGAAGUUGAGGCAGAUGCUAAGGCUGAGAACACUGAGCAGUCUGGACACGGGGAAGACAGACCUGCACAGAGAGAGCCUGUACUCUGCCCAGUAUGUGUCUGAGGGACAGGGUGGAGAGAACGGCAGAGUGUCUGUUAAACAACACUGUUAAAAAACAGAUAGAGAGGGCCUCCCGAGUGGUGCAGUGUUCUAAGGCACUGCAUCGCAGUGUUAGAGGCGUCACUACAGAC